AAGCUCCUCGUCGUCGGCGGGGAGUCGAUAUAUUUCGGAAUAGUUGUUGAGCUCGCGACCGUACGCCUGCUUGAACGCGUUGGCGCGCAUCGAGCUCGACAUGGACCACACGGAGGGCGUCGGAGACGCGGAGCGCAUGGAGGAGGCAUCAUAGGAUGUUUCGGUAUUGCGUGCGCUCGGGCCUGAGCUGAAGGGCGGAUGCGACGCAAGGGACUCAGAGUCGUUAUCGCUGUCGUACUCGGCGGUCCAGCUGGGCAUGGAAAGGCAGGAGGCGGACAGAGGAAACUUGGGCGUUGGAAUAUGGAUGGUAGGCCAAGAGCAUAAUAAGGUGUCCACCCGCGCAAACCGUGUAAGUAGAGGCGGCGGAAGUUGGCGGUUUGCCGAGCCGCAGAAACGGAACAAACGAACAAACGCUACGGAGGUUAUUGUUUGUUCCGUAUUUGGAUCUAUGGAUCAGGGUCAUGUUUUGGCUCGGAUUUCGCUCGCUCGACGGUGUAUUGGACAUGAGUGGGUGUGAGUGGGUCCAGAAUUCGCACAAGUACGUUGUAUUAUAUCAUACAAAAAUAACCCUCUCAAAUUCACACUUGGUGUGGAAAUACCGGGCUCCUCGGACCCGUCGGCUUUCGGCGGCUGGACGUGCGAUCAAACUGCAGGUUUGCGGUCAGUAUUUUAUUAAGUACCUCCAAGAAAUGCCUUGCUGCUGGCUGGUGAUCCGGAAGCGACCACGUUUCUAGGAAGUGCGGAGAUAUGUACACUGGCACCGCCGACCUCACGCUUGUGACUUCCUUCGUCUGGCACGUAUCUUUUCGGGUGUCUCUUUUGCAAGGAUGGUAGCAAACAAGAGGACAGAGUUCACCGGCAGUCGAAUGUUGCCCUCGGCUCUGGUAACGGUUUGAAUGCCAUGCCAUGUACCAGCUGCAUCACUGGAUCCAUCAUCCUUCACCUUGCCUGCCCGGAAGAUGAGUUGAUCGCCGGCAGCUUUUCCACACGAGUCUCAACUUUGAGUGUGUGCUGAAUGUCAGUUGCCUGCCGAAGCGGAUGGUUGCUCGCUGCUCCAGUCGCCAAGACGGAGCUUGCUGAUCGACAUUCUCGGCAAAUUGCCUUUCCAAGCGAUUGACUGCAUGCUACAAUGUGCCAAAGCGUACACAGGGCCCGACUUCUCUUCACCGUUUCUUCAGUUCAGCAAAUCGUCUGGCUAGCGCAUCGAAGUCAUCCUCGUUAACAGAGGCAGCCGACUUUGAUUGUGACGGCAGCGACGGCAACGACGGCGGCUUCUGCGAGGCCGAGUCCUCUGCGACUUUCUUCUCCAGCUUGUCCUUCAGAUUCCCUGUCGAGGAGUUGUCGACUUUCGUGCUCUCUUCCUCAAUAUCGGAGUUUUCGGCUGCAUCACCAUGUGCGACAUCUUGUGGCGCGGUUUCGACAUAAGCCGGGGCCGGCGGAGUCCAUUCGACGCCGUAGCCUCGCGCGAUUUCAGUCAGAUACGCGUCUACGAGAUCAUUUGGCGGAGUCCCCACUCCGAGUUUGCGAACAAUCUUGCAACAAACGUGAGGAUCGAGUCUAAAUUGGGACCGGCCACGCACCCGUUCGCUGACACAGUUGUCCCUGUUUUCCAUCACUGCAACGGAAUAUUCCCGGCCAUACUUGUGCAUGAGGAUCUCCCGCAGAAUGUGCAGUUCUAGUGCGUGUCGCAUCAGUCCACGAGGUCGUAUCGGCGCAGCUCACCUUUCAACUCCGUUCUCGGUGCUGCAUAGAUGAUGCUGGAUCGCAGAUCAACGCACGCAUUCGAGAAAGACAUGACAGAUCUUACGAACAGACCCCUUCUGAAAUCCCAGGAUCGGGUUCUCUUGUGCUGGUGGAUGUUUCUCAAUUGCUGACGCGAAAGCCAUCAUGGCAACGUACUUCUGGUCUAGGAGACCGAAACGAGCCAGCAGAAGUUCUGAAUAGAGCUCCAGCAGUUCAGAAGUUCAAUAUGGAUAUCUUCGUUGAUGACUGUCGCGCUCGUUUACUAGACGAUAGAUGCGAGGUGCUAAACACACACUGGUCUCAGCUUUGAUACGGGCGGUCUCAAUCUUGCCACGCUCGAUCAGCGAAGCGAUGUCUCGGCGACUAGCUUUGGCUUGAGCUUCCUUCUUCUGUUGCAGGGUGCGCAAACGCUGCACGGAGAGACGAAGCUGCACCUAAGAAUUCGAGAAUGUUAUCGCGACGAUCAAGAGAGUAAGAUCGAAGGGACGAGUGGGAGAGCAGAGACAAUCAGCGCUGCUCGUACGUUGUCCGUUUGGCGCACCACGUAAUGCACGCACCUUGGCUUUGGGUGCGUUCCAAGUCCAGGCCGGCAUGGCUGCGGGAGAUGAAGCAGUAAAGUGAGUGACGUCAGUCUGAUUACAUAUGUGAUUGGAUCUCUGACAGAAGAUCACCCACCACGCCACAGCUGUCUGCUCACUUGACUUUCCCCACUUGAGCCGUCCAAGCCUUGAGCUUGAGCGCCCAGGCCGAUGUAACGCUCUUCACUACUGGUACCCUGCCCACCGAUCCCACCACCCUUGCUGUUCCGUGAUCUGGACUCUUUCGCCGUGCAUUACGUUGGACCCUUGCUCUUACGUCCCAGCACUGUGUCUUUCGGACCGAACGGACCGCUGCCCCCAUUUGCUAUGCAACAACGGACGCGGGACAAGCCGGGAAUUCAAGCCUGAAAUCGACUCAUCCACUCCCUGGUCUGUGUAUGCGUGCCCUUAUAUGGAACUGGAUUCUCCGGGUGCGCCUAAGCAUCUGCCAGUCGGGGCCAUGGGACAACCGCCGAGAGUUGGCCGAGAGUGGUAGACUGCCGCGCGUGUCAAUGAAUGUCAUUCGAUCGUCGGACGGUGACUGAGCCCGUCCAGACUCUCAGUAGUCUCAUAUGCUCCAGUCCAUUCGACGAGUCACCCAGGAGCCAGCACUAAGCGCCGGGCUGUGCCCUCAACAGCUUCACCUUCCCUGGUAGCUGAACGGAGCACAGCUGAAGCAGUGUCAUCUUUUUCCGUGUUUCAGACAGGUUUGGGCCUUGCGAUGUACGCUGGCACGCCUGCGGGUUUAAUGUAGUGUACAUACAUCCCAUCAAGGAUCUUGCGGGGUAGAAACUGUCGGAUACAUACAUAACGGAAUAUUCAUCACCGCAUUCGCUUGAUCAUAUCUCUUCUUGAACUUCCACUUCCAUGGCCGUGGUCCAACCUCAUCCACUCCGCCAGAUUCUCCAUGUUGACAUCGACCGGUCUCCGUACCACUUGCGUACCGCGUCGUACCCUAACGUUUCUACAUCCCCUUCUUCAUCUUCUGCGCGUGCGAGCAUCGGCACAGAGGAAACCUCUCCGGGAAACAGCAGCGACGGCCUGAUAAUUUGCUCUGUGCUCUGCAUGUACGACUUUGAGUCAAGCGACCCGGAUCAUCUUGAAUUCAGAAAGAACGAGCUCCUCGACAUCGUAAAGCAGGAGGACACCGGUUGGUGGGCGGCUAUGCGGCGAGGGGGCGAUUGCGUCGGCUGGGUGCCCCAAGCAUUCGUUAGUCCGCUGACCGAGGAGAUGGCCGAAAGGCUACUCAAUGUCCGAGAGGAGCUGCGCGUGUACGAAUGGAGCGCAGAGCAGUUGUACAACGCCGCUCCGACGGUGCAGAACCGCGAGUGGUAUGAUGACUCCCCUGCUUCAUCUCCAGUUCUAUCUACCGCUCAUCGCGUGGCGUCUCCGAGGAAAGAUCACUUUCCUGUAUCUCCUGGAGGGCGGCGUCCCCCUCCGUCACCGCUGACACCGAUGCCACAACCUCCGCUACAUCCGCUGCAGCCUGUGUCCGGACAGUCAUUCUAUAAACCCACACCACCUAUACCGAAUGACUCGGAAUCCUAUGCUCCGAGCCCAAGCAAUGGACGAAUAUAUCGACGACAGCCAAUACGAGCGGAUGAAGAUCUCGCCGCUCGAUUGUCAGUUCUCAUCGAGUCCGCGAAGGACUCACCGGCCAGCCCGAGUGAGAAACAACUGAAGAAAUUGAAAGACUUGACGGGAAGCGACCAAUCUUGGUUAGACACUCCCAUCGCGAAGGCCACGCUGCCUUCGUAUCUGCUGCCCGUGUAUUCCGAUCAACUCAAGUAUGAUGCCGAGGGCGCAGUGAGAACAGGAACCCUGCUGGGACUGGUCGAGAAACUUGCUUCGACACCGCUAACCAAGGACCCGAUCAAGCUAUCCCACGCACGUCAAUUUGAAGACGUGUUUCUGACGACGUUCCGAACAUUUACAACUGCGAACCAGUUCUUCGACUUACUGGUCGCCCGGUUUCACAUGGACCAGCCAGAUCAUCUUGCCGAGGAAGAGGCCGAUGAGUGGAUCAAGAAGAUGCAGCUACCGACGCAAGGCCGUAUUCUCACGUUGUUCACUACCUGGCUGAAGGACCAGCGACUGCUCGAGGAAGAGCCUUGGAUCGCUCAGCGGCUCACAGAUUUCCUGAAGCAAAUCACCCAGCCCCCUCUUGCGUCGACAGCCCAGCUCAUCAUCAAGACCAUCGAAGACCUUGUGAGCAACAUUUGCCGUCGUGCCCUGCUUAACACCCCAGAAGGGUUACAAGGGACCCAAGAACCCGAAGCUACUCAAGUCGUCCCGCAAGAUAUUGCUGAGCAGCUCACAUUGCUGGAAUUCCGGCUCUAUGCGAAGGUUACUAUUCAGGAGUGCUUGCAUUACGCCAAGACUCAGUCCGGCAAGACGGUCGAAAACUUGACGAACUUUUGCUCAACCCACGACAAACUAGCUUCUUGGAUCAAAGCCAGCAUCUUGUUGAAUGAUCAAUUGAAAAAACGCGCGGAGACGAUCGAUUUCUGGAUCAAGGUCGCUGAACGAUGCAAAGCACUGAAUAACUUUGCGUCAAUGAGCGCUCUGAUCAAUGCGGCUGCUCUCGACGCCCUCGUCAAAUCCAACGACCCGUCAAGCGGGUUUUCUGGCUACAGAACAUUGUUUUCCAACGCAGAGGGCCCAAGUAUACCAUUCAUUGGAAUGUAUCUCACCGACAUCAUCCAUAUAAUGGACCAGUUCUCCGACUCGAACGGCCAAAUCAGCUUCGUUAAACGGCAGCGCUGGUUUGAUGUCGUCCACGUCAUGCUCAAGUCCCAGGCAAAGCCGUACCAGAUUGCAGAGAACGAGUCCACAAUGAACUUCAUUCAGGACCAUCUGCUGUCAGACAGCAUGCGCGAUCAGGCCUGGUUUUGGGAGAAGAGCCAGGAAGUGCAGAAAUCUGAGCUUGCCCAUGCGGAUAUCCGCAAAGGACUAGAGCAUGCUGGCUUCUAA